AUGGCUAUGAGUCAUUUUGCCGUCGAUAUAGCAGACACAGCAGCACUUGCUACAGCGGCAGCAUCAGCAGCAUCGGAUGAGCCGAGACAAUUCAAGACAUCAGCUGGAGCAGCGGCUGCAGGAGGGUUUCCACUUUGGCGCCAGGUCUUCCUAAGAAGGGCUAGAAUUAAACACUUGCUGCAGCACGAGUGGUUUGCUGAUGUCUGUACAGCUCACGCUACGGCACUAGAAGAAAAUCGCCGGCUCAUAGCGAGCCAUGCAUCUAUUCUGGCUGUCCGCUCGGCUGCAGCAGCACAGGAAGGAGUAUCUGGUGCGGCUGGCACCAGUUCGCUAUUGACAGAGCAACGCCUGCUGGUGCAGAGCGGCCAAGACGCAGCAGUACUCAAGCAGCAGGUAAGGACGGUUCAGGCAGCAGCUGCAGCAGCACAGCGUCAAUAUGAGAAGCACCGACGGCACCUCGAAACGCAGUUGCUUUUGCUGCAGCAGCAAGUGCAGCAGCAGCAGCAGGUACUGGCCGAAAAAGACCGAGAACUGCUGCACCAACAGCGGCUGCUGAGAGAGAAGGAGGAGGAGGUGUCGGAGAAAGAGGCUCAGGCAGCAGCUACACGCAGGACUUGCUUGCUCCUUGUGCAGCAGCAGCAGCAGCAGCAGCAAGCUGUGCAGAAGGCCCAGCAGGAAGUUGCAGCAAAAGCAUUGGAGACCGAAGGCUACCUUCGAGAGUUGCUGCGCUACAAGCAAGCCGAAGCGGCCUCUCUCGAGCUGCUGCAGCAGCAAAUCCAAGCAGCACCACAGGCGAGCGCCGAUCGUCCUAUUGCCACAUCUGUUUCUACUAUUGAGCCGACAAGGGACACUGCAGCGGCAGCUGUCUGUUCAUGUACCGGGCAGCAGCACCAGGAAGCAAUAGCAGCAGUGAAGGCAUCAGUUUCUGGUUCAGUUUCUGCUUUUACCGGUGCUACACCCACGUCAGCUGCAGCCCGUGCUGCAGAAGCUGCAAUCCCGGAAACGCGUGCUGCUGAUGCAGAACCUAGCAACAGCAACAGCAACAGCAACCGCAGAAACAGCACGGCUAGCCGAGGACCACUGGGAAGAUGUCGGCCGCCUCUGCGACUGGUGCAGUCAGCUCGAAUGCACACUGGAGCAGCCCUCUGUUGCUGCUGCAGGACAACGGCAGCUGCAGGAGACGCAAGGGCAGCAGAGCUGUUCGUCUCUGGGGGCGCAGACGGAACCCUUGCUGUGCGCGCUGCUGCCUCUGGAAGAAGCCUCUAUUCCUUCGUUCCCUCUCCGCUGAGGGCUGCAUGCACUGCUGUAGAUUUGCUGCUGAGACACCAACCAAACGUUCCAGCGCCGCUGCAGGAGCAGCAGCAGCAGGAGGCUGUGGCACUGGUUGGUUGUAUGGACGCCACCUUGUACGUAGCACAGCUGCCCAGGGGGAAGGUGGUGGAGACCCUCAAGGCGCAUGCCGGCUCAAUCCUUGCGUGUGGCUUCAUGCAGCCUCAAGGAGACACAACAACAAUGGCAGCAGCAUCCACAGCACCAGCUAGUGCUGCGUGGAGCGUGGCAAAUGACAGAUCGGUGCGUUUGUGGGAUUUGCACCGCAGCGCAUGCAGCCGCACUGCAGUUCUGUUGUCGCGCCCGACAGCAGCAGCAGCAGCGGAGAGUGGGCUGUUGCUAGUAGGUCACCGCAACGGAACGCUUGGCGUCUUUAGUCCCUCCAGCCCGUGCAGCGGUAAAAGCAAGGGCAGCAACGGAUUUUGGGUCCCAGAUAUCGUGUCCCAUACAAUGCACAACUCGGAGGCAAUCGUCGGCUUGGCUAUCUCCAACGACAGACACACUGUAUGCACCCUCGGUGAGGACAAGACAGUGCAGCUGUGGGACCUGCGGAUGCUGCUGCAGCACCGACGGGAGCAACAGGUGGUCCUAGCACAUCCCCUGCUGCGCCGCAACACGGUUGUUGCGUCCCCGUGCUUCUCCCCUUGUGGCCGUAUGCUAGCAGCGGCUACUGGUAACUAUCUCCUCGUGUGGAACAUGCAGCACUCCGCCGGUGUUCAGACACGCCAGUUAGUGGAAUCAGCUGAAGAUUUAGCGAAAGGUCGCAGCACUGCUGUUGACGGAGACGUCGAGAAUCUUCUAGCCCUGCGGAUGCAGCAACCGCAACAAAAGGACGAUGAGGGGCACCCCCAAGUACUCCACUGUGCUGAUGCAGAAAUUUGCUGCCUAUCCUGGAGUAGCAGCAGCAGCAGAUUGUUUGCAGGUUGUAGAGACGGCACAGUGCUCGUUUGGGAAUAG